CCGCCCUAUCUACUGCAUCAUGAGCUAAGGAUCAACCUAAAAAGCCCCAAGAUGGCAGACCCCACUUACGCACACGGUGCUUUUGAGCUCCUGCGCCCGCACUGCGUGCGGCUUACGAUGGAACAGACGCUGCCUAACGUUGAAAGUCUGCGCUCGCAGAUCUCUGCCAUGGAGGUAUCGGCUCUUCAGGGCCUGCUGGAGUACGUCUUGUUUCCGCUCCGCUUCUCCUUGAAGACAUCAACCUCAAAAAAGCCGGCUUUUGUGCAGGCGGUGCUGGAAUGUAUCUCUUAUCUCCUAUCCUGCACUUGUGUUAAGAGCUCCGACACGUUGCAUGAGCUUUUCAAUGAGCUAUGCUGCUGCCUUCCCCCUGAUCCGCUUAAACGAGUUCCAGAGGAGCUAAAGCUGGGAGUAGCUUCUGCGCUUCGCUCUUUGCUCUGUUCCUCGAGUCGUGAUGUACUUCCUGUCCUUUAUAAGCCUUCUACUCUUCCUGAGCUUGGAUUCGCCAUCACCAUGCUACUGAGACUCGCAGAGCUUGAGAAGUCACGAGAGAUACGAUUAGAGGCUUUGAAUUGUUUGGAAGCUCUGUCGCUGCCAGAUCUGAAGAUAUCGGUGGGAGAUCUUUUGGCUUCCUUUCUGCCUGGUGUCUGCACGGUCCUCACUAGGAUAAUUUGUGGAGACCCGAAGCAGGGUUACCGAGUGACAACUGCUGCAGUAAAGCUCUGGGCUGGUAUAGUCUCCAAAGUCUUGUCUGAUGAGGACCUAGCAAAAGUUCCCGAAAAGAAGCCUGUGGUUAUUGGGGUGUCCGAGAGAGUAUCAGAACUUAUGAUUCAUAGGGACAAGUCUUGGGUGAAACACACAGCUAGUCGCCUGCUUGUACAUCUAGAAAAAAUCACUCAGCAUUGCACAGCUGAUCCACACUGGAAAGUGAGGCUAGCACUUGUCAACCUGGGCCAUCUUCUGCUUACUCGUUGUUGGAAUUCCCUAGAGGAGACAACAGGGAAUCUCCUUAAAAUCUUAGUGGGUCAUAUGAGUGAUGAUAGACCUGAGGUGAAGGCAAGAGCAAUGGAGGCCCUGCAGGAGGUGACAAAAGAUGGUCCAUCAUCACGGUGCCUCGGGGAAGUGCUUUCAGAAAACCUCCACUCGCUUGCUGUGACACUUCCGAGGUUACUGAGUUCUCAGGACGACCAAGGCAAGCUUCACACUUUGGCACUCUUACUGGGAUACCUACAGCUACUUGGCCCACGUCUUACUCACACCCUGCACUCAUCUGCUCAUCUACAGCGUCUUUCUGCCGCACUUCUCCAGACGCUGGAGCUCGACUUUUGUUCCGUCAAGGUGGUGGAGGAGCGGACUCCUUCCUCUGCUUGUCCUUUGGAACAGUCAACCACAGACGGAGCUCAACAGAAGAGCUUCCGUUUCUUCAGGGACCCACGCGUGCUCGCCUUUAUUCAGCGUGUAUGCCGUCUUUUGGGAUACUAUGGUGACUUCCGUUUGCUUACCGAUCAUUUCUUGGGCAUGUACCGAGCUCACAGGCUCCCUGCGGUGCUAGUGCUGAACCAACUGGUUCUGGGAGCUGCUGGGAUUGAAGUGGAGGCGCUGGAUGGAGGUAGCCGAGCAAUGAAUGCAGAAGAACUGCUGGAUGUUGUGCGCCCUCUUCUGGAAGAGUACAUUGACCCUGCCAAUUGGCACUUACAUACAUGCCAGAACAGCGAAGAACUUGGAGGUCGGUUGGCAUUACUCCAUCUUGGAACUCCUGCCAGGCCUUCCCUCAGUGAUAUGAGUGCCAAUGCCUGGAAGCUCUGUCUUCAACUUGAAGGAAUUGCAUGCUUCGCGCAGGCUCUAGGCCAGUCCUUCCAUUCACUUCUCAUAACUGCCCUUUACCCGCUGCUAGAGAAAGCUGGAGACCCCUCAUUAAUGGUCAGUAGAGCAGCUUUGCUGGCGCUGAGCAAUGUUAGCCAAGCUUGCGGUUACAAGGAUGUCAACCAGCUUAUUGAACUCAAUGCAGACUACCUAGAAAGUGAGAUCUCUGCGGGUCUAAGACUCCUUCAUCAGCGCCAUGGGGGCGCAGCAUGUGUUUUGCAUGCCGUGCUGGAAAACUGUGGGCCCAACCUGUUGCCCUUGCUGGGAGAACUUAUCCAGGAUCUCCUCCCUGCGUUGGACCAGUCACAGGAUGAAGCGGCCAAAAUCCUCCUUCCUGUGCUUAACUCGCUCCUAGCGUACAUAGGGAAGUGGUUUCCUCCAGAAAACGUUAUUGUGGCUGAAGAACCCGUUAACGAUCUGGAACAUGCUGGGAGUCUGGCAAACGAAAUGCAGGAGUUUUUGAGGAAUCAUAUUGAAGGGCAACGCGUGGCAAGAGGAGAUGUUCUGGAGGAGGAGUGCACAGAUGUGGAGCCCCCACCAGAGACCAGUGACAGUGAGCAGAAGCCACCAAUGGCCACUCACAUCAAGAUCUCCAAAGAAGUGGCUGAGAAGUGUACGCACUUCCUAUCGCACGGUGACCCGCAGAUCCGAAUACAGGCUCUAGACGCACUGCGACUGUCUUUAAAAGCACUGCAAGCCGAGGAAAAUGUGCUUCUACCUCUUGCUCACAAAAUCUGGCCUUGCCUGGUGAAGAGACUGUUACAGGAUGAGCCACUUAUACUGCUACGGGCUUUUCAGGUGUUGGUCUCCCUUACUGUCUCCUGCAAAGAUUUCCUCCGGCAGCGGAUUUGUAAAGAUGCGCUUCCUGCUUUUCUCAAUUCCUUGCGCUCUCAGGCAGCAAUCAGUUCUCGGGACGGGCCUGUCUAUAGCCAUACCCAAGGUUUUAAGCUACAGCUGGCUCUUCUGGAUGGACUGGGGACGCUGUGUGUGUCAAUGGAACUAGGUGACAGUGACUUAAUGGAGGUGGUCGAUUCCUGCAUGCUGUACCUGAGUGCCCGCCAACCAAAGAAGCUUCAGGAUGCUGCGGUCAGAACCUUGCUGACUUUGGCCAAGAUGGACCCAGAUCUCGUAUGGUUGCACCUUCAUGAAUGGCAGACUCCACCGGCAGCCCCACACUCCUCCCUUGCCAAGCUGGAGUGGAGGGUCAGGGCCCACGAUGAAUAUACCCACAAUGUUCUUAAACUCCUGCAGAAGAUGUGAGGACGUUGGCCACAAUUGACCUGGACAAUGUAUCCUUACCCGUGUAUUAUAUUGCCACCUGCAGGCAGGUGAUGUGGAUUUAACGCUAUUGGAGGCAUUCUUUGUACUAACCGUUUACCAGAUGGCAUCCACGUGGACUUCUCUUCCGAGAACCUCAACAUAACAGACAGUGGCUUUCCAAAGUUAUAUAUUUUGAAGUGCUCGAAUGCACUCUUGGAAUGAAUUAAAACAAGAUGUUGGCUUGGUA